GAGUUCAAGAAGACUUCAUGAAAACUUUAUUUUCUGGGUGUGAGAGAGGGAGGAGACGCGGUUAAAGGGAGUAAUCCAAACACUGUGGGCAAAAACGGGCCAGAUUAGAUGGUUCAUAUUGCGCUCUGUCUGUACAUGAGAGAGAGAGAGAGAGAGAGAGAGAUGCUGCACACCCACUGCACUCUGCACACACAGCUUUUUACUCUGCUCAUGGAAUAAAUCCUGCUAAAUUACAAAUGGAAGACGCAAAGACAAAGCAGGGAAAUAAACAUUUCGCAACUGCACCCAUCAGCUGACCCUUAAUUGGAUCUAACGGAUGAGUUCUUUUUUUUCCGAAUGGUAUGCUGUUUGCUGUACUUGUUUUUUUAUUCAUCCUCCUCUCUUCGUUUUCCGUGUGUGUGUGUGUGUGUGUGUGUAUGUGUGUUUUUUUUUUGCUUCAUUCAUUGGUGCCUAUGAAGAGAUCCAUCUUUUCAGUCCUUUUUUCAAAGGAGGGUGGGAGGAGGAGGAGGAGGAGGAAAACUGAGGGAGAUGAGUGCAGCAAAUCCCCCCUUUUUUUGUUCAUCUCAUAGCGCUCAAUAAGUGAAGAAUGUGUCGUCUAUCACUCACCGAGGGGAUCAAGUGUGCAGGACUGAGAGCAGCACACUGAGAGGAGCUGAGCGGAGCAGCAUCACUUAUCAUCAUCAUCAUCAUCAUCCUCAUCAUCCUCAUCAUCAGCAGCUUCUAACGGUGUCCUGCAUCAUUUAAUCACAGAAACGGACAAAAACGGUGUCAACGAAGAAGGGUUUUUUCAACACGUGUCUCUCUGUGGAAUGUGGAGUGGUGCCAUGCAGUUCCUCGCGCUGUUCACCGCACUGAAAGCCGCGUGCGUGCUGCUGCUCUCCUCCCGCAUCUCCAGCUCAGCGGCGGCCAACAGCAGCGGCCGGUGGUGGGGGAUUGUGAAUGUAGCAUCAUCCACCAACCUCCUCACCAAUAGCAAGAAUGUGCAAUUAGCCCUGGAUCCUAGCCUUGCUUUGCUAAGCCGUCGGCAGAGAAGGCUGAUUCGGCAAAACCCCGGCAUCCUUCAUGCCAUCGCGGCCGGUCUUCACACGGCCAUCAAGGAGUGCAAGUGGCAAUUCCGCAACCGACGUUGGAACUGUCCGACAUCCCAUACCCCUACAGUGUUUGGCAAAAUCAUCAACAGAGGCUGCAGAGAGACAGCAUUUGUGUUUGCCAUCACGAGUGCUGGUGUUACCCAUGCGGUGGCGCGGUCCUGUUCUGAAGGCUCUAUCGAGUCGUGCACCUGUGACUACCGGAGACGAGGGCCUGGGGGUCCAGACUGGCACUGGGGAGGCUGUAGUGACAAUGUCGACUUCGGCAGGGUGUUUACACGGGAGUUUGUGGACUCCAGCGAGAGGGGCCGAGACCUGCGAUACCUCAUUAAUGUACACAAUAAUGAGGCAGGGAGAAUUACGGUUUCCUCAGAGAUGCGUCAGGAGUGUAAGUGUCACGGGAUGUCGGGCUCCUGCACUAUUCGCACCUGCUGGAUGCGUCUGCCCAGUUUCAGGACAGUUGGAGACUUAUUAAAAGACCGUUUUGAUGGUGCUUCCAGAGUGGUGUACGCCAAUAAAGGCAGCAACCGGGCGUCUCAUCGAGCUGAUCCCCGCCACCUCCAGCCAGAGAACCCUGCUCACAAACUCCCUUCUGCGCAAGACCUCGUCUACUUUGAAAAGUCACCCAACUUCUGCUCCUACAACAGCAAAAUGGGUACGCUUGGCACAUCUGGGCGCACCUGCAACAGUUCCUCACCAGCGCUGGAUGGCUGUGAGUUGCUGUGCUGUGGGAGAGGGUAUAAGACCCGGACUGAGAAGAUCACUGAGAGAUGUCACUGCACUUUCCACUGGUGCUGCCAUGUGAGCUGCCUCAACUGCACCAGUACGCAGACACUGCACCAGUGCUUAUAACAGUUGCGGCAGUCGGCAUUGUUCCUGAGAUCAUCAAUAGGGCAUGGAAGUGGUCAAUGGAUUUAAUUGACAAGGGUGCAAAAAUAGAGAAACUGACGGAGAUUUUGUUUUAAUGGGGAUUAAAACAAAAAAGCAAAUGACAUGACUAUGGCAAGACAUAUGGUAAUCUGGCAUUUCCUUGAUAUUAUUUUUCUACGUCGAACAGAGCUGUCAUUGAAAUUGUACUGUGAGAGAAAUCCUAAAAGCUGUGCAUUUCUAAAGUGCUUGGGCAUAAACCCUACAUUUAAGCAUUUACUCUAAACUUCAUAAUAGUAGAUUUAGAGUAAGUGCAUCGAAUUAAAUGAAUGAAAUGCAAUGGAGACUACUAUGCACUGCUAGAGAAGCUAGCCACUGAAAAGGAUACAGUCCAAAAAUACGUACGGAUUUUGAGGCCAGAACCACCAGUCUCAGGCUUCUGCCAUCUCCUCCCUCUCUUGCUCUCUGAUUCUCCAGGGAGCAAGAAACUGGGAAGCAGGAACUGGACACAAACUCUGACAGAUGUUUCUGUGGCCAGGGAACCACAAGCAUGUUCUCUCAUAAACGGUGAAAAACUCCUACUGCAGGAUAGUACUUUAAAAUACCAGUGUGUUGUUUUCUUUAGCUGCAGCUCAACUUUUCUUACAAAAAAAAAAAAAUUAUGUGAAGUACAUCUCAAGCAUGUGCUGUUUCCCGAUUUCUGUAUAGUGCAGGAAUGCUGGAUUUCAUCCAAAUUCUUAAGAUUUCCCACUCAAGCUCAGCAUACUUCCCGGCCUGGCUAACGAUGUCCUGUCAUUUUGUAUUCGUACUCACUGCUGUGUGGUAUACCACACUCUGGUACUGAUAAAGAAUGACUGCAAACAAACAUUAACAAAGAGACCAGAAGUUUCUCGUAAAAUGAAUGAAUGUAGUGACCAAACACUGAACGACGCUUCUGAAUUGAUCCGCUUCUUGUGGGCGUAUGGAGUAGCACUAAAACUUUAGUAACUGUAUAACAAGAGAAAGUUAUCUUGACAACUUGGAACAGACCACGCACAAGAAAAAGGGCACCUGUACCACUAUGUAAAAUAAAAUGAUAAGAUAAAAGAUAAUCUUGUAGAUUACCUGCUACCUAGUUUACAGUGAAGCGUGGAGUGUGAAACCACAACAACUGUUUUGUAUAUCAGCUGGCAAAACCAAAAUGUUGUAAAUACUGAACAUAGAUGAAUAUAUAUUUAUGCUGAUAAAACCUAGAAAUUAUGAAAAUGAUAUAAUCCAAAAGCAGAGUGAAAAAGCUAUCAAUAUUUUCAUGUGUAUUUUCAUUCACUGAGUUUUUUUAAAUUGUGUGCAA